AUGGCCCCGGCCCAGUACAAGACACCGCCUCAGCUGCCUCCCAAGUUCACUGCUACCAAGCAGAGCCUGGUCGAUGACGCUAAGCGAUUGAUUGACAGGUCACGCAGUGUCCAAGAUAGCAUUGUCCGCGAUGUCAAGCCCGAGAGUGCAACCUUUGCCAACACAGUCCUCCCAAUUGCCCGCGAUGACAACAAAAUGGCUAUUGAAGCGCAUAUUCUCGGCUUCUACAACGCUGUGUCGACCAGCAAGGAGCUACGUGACGCCUCAAGCGAGGUCGAGCAGAUGCUUGACGACUUUGGCAUUGAGUCGUCCAUGCGUGAGGACGUCUUCAAUCUCGUUGAUGCGGCGCUGAAGAAGGGCGAGAAGCUGGACCCUGAGUCGCAGCGGUUGCUGGAGAAGGACCACAAGUCUUUCAUCCGCAACGGUCUGAACUUGCCUGCGGGUCCCAAGAGGGACCGGUUCAAGGAGAUUAAGCAAAGGCUGAGUCAAAUCGGCAUCGCCUUCCAAAAGAACCUCAAUGAGGAGAAUGGAGGAUUGUGGUUCACACCAGAUGAGUUGCACGGUGUUCCUGAGGAUGUUCUUUCUGGUCUCAAGAAAGGCGAGGGUGAGAAUGAGGGUAAACUCUUCCUCACCUUCAAGUAUCCCGACUUGUUCCCUACUCUCAAAUACGCGACCAACCCAGAGACACGAAUGAAGGUCUUUGUCGCCAACGAGAACAAGUGCAACGAUAACGUAGCGCUCUUCAGGGAAGCUAUUCUCCUCCGUGACGAGGGAGCUCGCCUCCUUGGAUAUGACAACCAUGCGCAGUUCCGGAUAGAAGACAAGAUGGCAAAGACUCCCAAGACGGUCAACGACUUCCUUGGGGAUUUACGCAAGAGACUCGCACCAGGCGGCAAGAAGGAGAUUGAGAAGCUGAUCGAGCUCAAGAAGCAAGAUGCUAAAGAGAAUGGGUUAACUGGUCCGUUGGUCGAGGACUACUAUCUCUGGGACAACAGGUAUUACGACCGCCUAAUGCUGGAGAAGGACUACCAGCUCGAUCACCAGGUCAUUGCUGAGUACUUCCCUCUGUCAACAACAAUCCAGGGCAUGCUGAAGAUCUUCGAGGAGCUCUUCGGUUUAGUCUUUGUUGAGAUUGUUGGCGAGGAAGACAGGGCUGCGCUUGCGGAUGGCGGCAAGGGAUCUGACAUUGUUUGGCACGAAGAUGUACAAAUCUUCAGUGUUUGGGACGAUGAAGGCGAAGGCGCUGGUUUCGUUGGUUACCUGUACCUUGAUCUUUUCCCGCGAGAUGGCAAAUACGGUCAUGCAGCCAACUUCAACCUGCAGCCUGGCUACAUUGACGAGAAUGGCAAGCGACGCUACCCCGCCACUGCCCUCGUCUGCAACUUCUCCAAGCCGACGCAGAAGAAGCCUUCGCUACUGAAGCAUGAUGAGGUUGUCACUCUCUUCCACGAGCUUGGACAUGGUAUUCACGACCUGGUGUCUCGCACAACCUACUCGCGCUUCCACGGCACCAACACUGUCCGUGACUUUGUCGAGGCUCCAUCUCAGAUGCUGGAGAACUGGUGUUGGACGCCCUCGCAGCUGCGUUCGCUGUCACACCACUACUCGUAUCUCUCUCCCGAAUACGAGAAGGCGUAUCUAGAAUCGUCUGGCAAGGAUUCAAAGCCUUCGGAGCAGAUUCCUCAAUCGCUCAUUGCCAACCUGAUCUCUACCAAACAUGUCAAUGAUGCCCUCUUCAACUUGAGGCAGUUGCACUUUGGUACUUUCGACAUGGCUGUCCAUGAACCUGCCAGCCAUGAGGAGCUUGAGAAGAUGGAUAUUACUGAAAAGUACAACAAAUUAAGAUAUGAGAUCAGUCAACUUAAGGGACCUGAGUCGCUGGAGGGCGAUAAGAAGGGUGACUGGCACUGGGGCAAUGGAGAGGCUACCUUUGGUCACUUGAUUGGUGGCUACGACGCUGGAUACUACGGCUACCUCUCCUCUCAAGUCUACUCUACGGACAUGUUCUACACUGUAUUCAAGUCCGACCCCAUGAACCCCAAGGAAGGUCGUCGUUACCGCCAUACUGUCCUCGAACGCGGUGGCUCAAAGGAGGAGAUGGACAUCCUUGAGGAAUUCCUUGGUCGCAAGCCUCAAACUGAGGCUUUCUACAAGGAGCUGGGCAUCUCGCAGUAA